AUGUCUUCAAACUCAGAAAAUAACAGACUAAUUCAAGCUUCUGAAAUGUUCUUCCUUCAUGUACAAGAUCUUGUUUCCCUCACAAACACAUUUACUGAGUUUCUUAACCACAAUAUGAAUACUCAGAUCUCCUUGAUGGUUGUGAAAGAAGAUAGUACAAUUAAGAAUUUCUUUGAAGAAAUGCUUAAAAGUUUUAAGGAGAUGCAAUCUGUAGUAGAAGAAAAGUACAACAAAAUGCAAAAGGAACCUAUGUAUUCGAAGGUUGCAACAACUAUGUGUUCUAUGGCAGAGAAAUGUAUCAACCUGGAGUUGGAACGUUCAGCUAAAGAACUGUUUAAAAAUAUCCAGACACCAACCAUUGUCUCUGUGCUGAGCCAUAGUAACAUCCUUGAGAAUUUGGAAUCUUUUUUUUCACACUUGAUGGCAUUCCCCAUCAUGAGUCUUCAAUUAAGUGAUUUCUGUAAAGGAGACACCAAAGGGACAUCAGAUGCUCCCACAUCUGAGAAAAACCUGAGUCCAGAUCGUUGCAAAUCCAUCUCAACAGAUGCCCUGAAGAAGUUGCAAGAUGCACUAAAAACUGAGAAUGCCAGCAAUCCCAUGGAGUCAGCAGCCGAUCAGUUGGAACAAAUCAUCAAGGCUAUGGARCCAACCAUACAGGUUCUCCAAAAAUCCAUAAAGACCCUGGAGACUGAUAUUUCUAUGCUUAAGAAAGUGAAUGACAAGUAG